AUGUGUGAGAAGCCCAACUCUGUAGACGUUAUCACCGCCGCUACUGUGAUAGAAAAGGCCCAGUCUCGACCAGAUCUCAAAUUCCUUGUUCCGUUUACUCGACGAUAUGAUAAGUCGUAUUGUGAGGCUAAGGACCUUAUUGAGAGCGGCGAACUUGGAGAGAUUCACGCGGUUGAGACCUGGAUGAGCGACGUCCAAGAUCCUGCUGGUCACUUCGUUGCAUUCGCUGCUCAUUCUUGCGGCAUUUUCCUUGACAUGGGUAUUUAUCACCGAGUUACAGCUAUCGGUCAACGAGCUGUAUACACCGAUCUCGCCGCGUUCGGAGAUGCUGAUAAUGCCUGGGGCUUCGUUGAGUUUACCAAUGGUAAGGUUUGGACAACACAUCUUGCUAGGACAGCGACAAACGGGCUUGAGGACUCAACACGCGUGUGCGGUACAAAAGGGCACAGUAUCGUCAGUUCCGCUAGUAUCGUCGAGAUUCGGGAUAAGCAUGGCGUUCGCAAGCAGACCGUGCCUGAUGCCUUCAAGCUUUUCCCCCAGACGUAUGAAACAAAUAUUACUGGGUUUACCAAUGCGAUUCUCUUUGACAACCCUUUGACAAGCCUUGCAGAAGAUGCUGUUGAGGCGGGAAAGAUAUGUACUGCUCUUCAGCAUUCUUACCGCGCUGGCCAGUCAGUAUACUUCAACGAUGAAGGAUUCCCAAUUCUCAAUGACGGUACACCGACUCCUUAG